UUGAUCCUGCGGCCCGCCGCAGCCAUGCCGGACGGCUGGGACAAGGACGUGUACCCUGAACCCCCACGCCGCACGCCGGCGCCCUCCCCGCAGACCUCGCUGCCCAACCCCAUCACCUACGUGACCAAGGCCUUCGAACUCCUCGUGGACCGGCCCGUGACCCUCGUGAGAGACUUCAUCGAGCAGCAACAUGCCAAGAACAAGACCUACUACUACCACCGGCAGUUCCGCCGUGUGCCCGACAUCACUGAAUGCCAGGAAAAGGAUGUCCUGUGCAUGUUUGAAGCCGAGAUGCAGUGGCGGAGGGACUACAAAGUCGACCAGGAGAUUGCCAACAUCAUGCAAGAGAGGAUGAAGGCCUGCCAGCAGCGAGAGGGCCAGAGCUAUGUGCAGAACUGUGCCAGGGAGUUGGAGCAGUUUGCUCAAGUGUCCAAAGCCUACCAAGACCGCUACCAAGACCUGGGAGCUCACUACUCAGCCCGGAAGUGCCUGGCCAAGCAGAAGCAGAGGAUGCUAGCUGAGCAGAAGGCAGCCAAGGCAGCAGCCUAAGAGGCAUCUGCAGCCUGAGGAGACCUUUGUAAACCUACUUUUGACUACUGCCCUGAAAUAAAAGUUCUGGCUCCCCGA